CGACAUCGCAAUGCGUUUCGCAAAGCUGUACUGAAAGUCAGCAGAGGGCGGCGGGCGGAGAUGCUCGAUUUCCCGCCGCUUCGCGAGCUCGCGGUGCCAUGUGGAAACGUGACAUCAUUGCGAAGGUCCCGGAUUUGGGAAAAGCAGAAGUUUCUUUCCGAAGGCAGAACUUGUUCGCCGCCACGGGGAUAGAAGAAUCCGCGGCACCUCAGAAAUACUAAAAAAAUACUAUCAAUGCAGCGACACCACUAACAGGUCCUCGGUGUGACGUGUCUCGGCCGGAGCCCCUGCGCUCAGUAAUGUGACGGCUGCGCCGAGUAAGACGUUUCCGCGCUUUUUCUCGAAGGACUGAAGAGUGACAGGAGGCCAUCAGAGGUGAGAAGAUGCCUGUUCCUCCACCACCUCCACCUGCCCCUCCUCCAACCUUUGCUUUGGCAAACACAGAAAAGCCAGCUCUCAACAAGUCUGAACAACAAGGAAGAAGUGCACUUUUAUCAGACAUCACCAAAGGCGCACGUUUAAAGAAAGCCGUUACCAAUGACAGAAGCGCCCCCAUACUCGACAAGCCCAAAGGCGGGGGUGGAGGAGGAGGAGGAGGAGGAGGUGGAGGUGGAGGAGGCGGUGGCGGUGGUGGAGGAUUUGGAGGGGGAACUGCAGGGGGUCUAGGAGGACUCUUCCAAGGAGGAAUGCCCAAACUGAGAUCUGCAGGAAACAGAGAUGAUGCAGGUGGUGGACGGCCUCCCAUGCCACCGCCUGGAGGACGGUCUUCUGGCCCAAAACCUCCAGGGGGGAAUGCUGGUCCCCCACCCCGGCUCCCAGGGGCAUCCCCUGUAUCGAGGGGCAGUGUACCAGACAUACCCAAGGUUCACGUGCCCCCAUCUAGAAAUGAGAUGCCAGGAGGGCCACCGCCUAUACCAAAUGCACCUCGGCCAAAUCAGACAUCCAUCCAGAAUAGAGGGCCCCCUCCUUUGCCAGGUGGGGGUCGGCCUGCAAGCUCUGCCCCAUUGCCCCCGCCUCCUAGCCUGCCUGGCAGAAGCCCAAGCCAGCCUCCUGCCCCCAGCCGUCAGCCUUCUUUACCUGGACCCCCUAUGUCUAACAACAGUCGCCCUCCUCUUCCACCGGCUCCUAGCAGGCCCUCAGAUGACCGCCCUCCACCCCCUCCCAUGGGGAGCAGGCAGUCUGUACCACGAGAGGGGCUCCCACCACCUCCACCUCCGUCCUUUAACAGCAAGCCACAGACCUCCUCUUCUCCCCGUCCCCACUCCAGCAGUGCUCCCCCCCUGCCCCCUGGAAGACCGGGCCUUCCUCCGCUGCCCCCUACACCUCAGGGUGAUGAGCAGACUCCAAAGUUGCCCCAGCGGAACAUAUCUCUCAGCCCGGCAGCUCCUGCCCCACCUCCUGGCCGCACAGGCCCUCUACCACCCCCUCCCAAUGAGAGACCACCCCCUCCUGGGAGAAACCCACCUGGGCGAACAGGCCCUCUGCCCCCUCCACCACCCACAGGUAGGACAGCGGGGAGUGCAAGAGCAUCAUCAGCUCCUCCUCCUCCACCUUCACGACAGGGACCCGAGCCUCCUAGGGGAGGCACAAGAGUUCCUCCACCACCAGACAGACCUGGUAUUGGGGGACCACCGCUUCCCCCACCCCCUGUUGGGAAUGGUUAUCAAGACUUCCAUAGCAGCUACAUAGAUGAGUGGGAAAGCAGAUUCAGCUUUCAUCCUCAGGCUGAUUUCCCUCCACCGGAGCCCUACGUACCUUCCCUGAAAACCUAUCCUAGCAAGAUGGGGAAGGGUGAGAGCAGGGGUGAGAGCAGAGGUUCAGGCAAAAAAGAAAGAGGUGCACCUCCACUGCCCCCCAUCCCUCGAUGAAGACCAUGUCAGUCAUACCUCUGCCCACUCUCCUGCUGUAUGAGAGGAUUUCCCAUUGCCUCACACUUCUCCUACUCUUCUGUAGGAAGUGGACAUCUCUCUGCCAGCCCCUCGUGUUUGACUGAUAUGAUUCCUCAUUGCUUAUUUAUUAUUUUCACAGUUAAAAUGUAAACUUAUCUCAGUUUACAAAUACUGGUAUGUGCUUAACUGUGGUGGAAUUUCUUUACGGCAUAUUUUACCGUAUGUUUUUCACUAUUAAUCAGAAUUUUACUUCCUUAGUUUAUUUUUAUAAUCUAGAGGAAAUUAUAGAGGAACUGAAAAGAUAACUUUCUGCAUUAUUUAGCCAUGCAGGGUAGCAGUAAUAUAAGUACUGUAAUAUAGCCAAAUUAUUUUCUUUUCAGUUUUUUCAAGGAAGUUUUUAAAAACCUUUAAUGUUUCUGAAAGCACAGAAACUAUAGCCAAUAUUUAAUCAUUAAUUGUUCAUUAAAAUUCUAUUGAGUGCCUUUAUUUUUCCAAGACCAAUUAUCUCCCUGGUGGAGAAAAUCAGAAAUAGAUUUAAAUGAAUAGUUUAUAUAGUUCAGCAUUGGGGUAUUGUGUUCUUUCAUUGUUAUUUGAGGGUGAAGAAAGUUGAAGUAAUUUAACAGUACAACAGUAUUGUUAGAAUUUAACCAUGCUAUCAACAAAAAUGUAGAAACUUGUGUCCAUACACUCUUUUUACUGAAGUACUUGUCAGAUGCUUAUGACAACCUGUUCCUCUUGUUCAUAUUGAAAGUGAAUGAACUCAGAGCUCUGUUACAUUCAUGAUACAUACAGUAUAUAUAUAUGUACACACAAAUUGUCAGUAUUCGUGGAAUGAGGUUGAAAGAAGAUGUUUUGAUUAGUUAUAAACGCUCAUUUUAGAGAACAUUGACUAUGUUUUCACAAAUGCAAAAAAUUUUAAGACUGUCUGCUUAUUUUGUUGUAGUCUUCUAUUCAUCUUUGACUGCUGAAAGAGAAUUUACUAUGGUACUUUUGCAGAAAUAUGCGGGUUACUGCACCCAUAGUGCAUGUGGAUAAAAUAUCUUAAUUUCACUUCUUAUCAAAGGUUCUAUAUAAAACAUGCCAAAUGUUGCCUGUGCUUCAAAUCUUUAAAAAAAAAAAAAAAGUUUUUCAGAAUAAAUCCAAGACAG